AUGUUUCUUCCUCCAGAGCCAAACACAAAAGAGAGGAAGAAGUUUGAUCUUGAAAGUUUAAGGGUGUAUUACUUGAUAUGUGAGGAUCUUGGGAUAGCUGAGGAAGAGUGUAUAAAGAAGUCUUUCUAUCAUCUGAUGGCAUGGGCAGGGCAAGACAAAUUCAACGGAGAAGUAAGGCUCCUCAGGGAUUACAUCAUGAAUGUCAGGAAUGAAAAGGGUCAUGAUGAUCCAGAAGCAAAGGAUACACUAAGAAUAUCAUAA